AUGCUGGAAUGUCGUCUUGCCAAAGCUGCGCUGCGAAUUGUUGCCACAACCAAGACUUGGGUGCCACAGGUGAAUGCCACAUACUGUACUGCAGAUGCAGGAUUGAUAGCAAUCGCAGAAGGUUUGAAGUUUAGGAUGUCCGAGGAAGACUGUGCCAAGAACGAGAGAGGCAUCCAGCAGCUCACUUGUACCUACUACCUACCCCCUGGUAUUCAGAUAGAAGAAGAGACUGUCCCUUUGCUGGCUGCCUUGCCUGUGCAGUUCAACAGGCGCAGUCCGCAGUCCGGGCUGGGCCGGGAUAUGCAUGAUGUGCAUUCCUCGGCGAAUCUGCCUUCAUCGCCUUUGGGAAGCCCCAAAGAGCCACGGAUACUCAGUACUUUGAGAGAAGGAUAUGAGGAGAAGAAAGAUGGAGAAGACGAACUGAAACAGGCUGGAAAGUGGGCUGGUGAGCAUCCAGUGAAGCUGCUGUGCAAGGCCAAGGCGGACCAAGAAACACGCCAAGCUCUCACAGCUGAGGAGGAGCUUGAAGAAUUGCAAGGCCAAUGGGAGCUUCAGAGUGUGAAGGCAAAGGGGGACAAAGAGAACAAGAAACGCAAGCGAGAUCGAGGUGAUGAAGGGGGGCGUGAAAAGUGUGAAAAGACUCAAGUCUUCGUGCGUGGAAAGAAGGUCGAGGAAAAUGACGGGACAAAGCGCAGGUUUUUCCGCUUGGUCCUUGCUAAGAAAGCAAUUGGACCUGUGGAUGGGGCUGGUGGAUACCGACAAGUGAAGAGUAAGGGAAAGGGCAGCGGACGGGCCACGGAAACCUGCAACAUCCAAUAUUUGUCCGAUGGGCACCGCGAGGCUUUGGAGCGACAUGAGAAUGACCCACUAGGCUUUUGGCGCACCAAGAAAGGGUUCCAAGUGCAGCUGAGUCGCGGUUUUGCAAGGCUCGCAGACAAAGAUGCCACUGAGCUGCGGGGCAUGGCAGAUCGCCUCACAAAGGGCCACGAGUCCCUCACUGAGAUGUUGAAGGAUUUGGAGAUAGAGCGAGACUUGCUUCAGAAAGAGAAGGGACAGCUGAAUGAAACCAUCUCGCUCUUCAUGAAGGAGCUGCAGAAGCUGCAUAUUGGUUCGCAGAACACGGUGGAACCCAUGUUGGAAGAAGGCCCCCUCGAUUUCGUGGGUCGCUUCUGGGAGACCGUGAAGCCACGCGACACCGCCUACGUGGCUGGCGAGCACAUCGGAGAGAUCAGGAAGCCUGGGGAGAAACCCGAGGGGCCCAACCCCUUAGCAGCGCUCAAGCAGGCGGCUUUGGCACAUGGGGUCCCACAUGAGCUGCCCAAUGUCAACGUACAGGAGAAAGUGCAGGAGGUGCAAGACAUGGGAAAGCAGGCCGUGAAGAAGCUGUCCACUGCCUUUGAAGAGGCACGCUCGAGCGCUUUCUGGCAAAGAGCGCAAGGCUAUUGGGAAGAGAAGCGGAGUGAGAUUGCCAAAAAGGUGGAUGAGGUCCGGGUCUCUGCUGCAGCUUCAACAGCUCAACGAGUUCCAGCAGGAAAGACACGCAAGAAGGAGCCAACUGUUGUAGCGGUUGAGAAGUCAGACGCGGCCCCGUCUGAGUCCACCACCAGUGCCACAACGCAGGCAUCUGAAGCUUCUCAGGAGACGACGGAGCCCGCAGAAAGCACCGGACGAGGAGCGGAGAAGCCGAAGCCGGUGGAGAAGACUGAGGUGCCCGAAGCAAAAGUUGAGAAGGCACCUGAGAAGGAAGAGAAGACGGAAACGAAGGAGAAGUCCCCCACCUCCAGACAAGAGACUAUUUUGAUUGAAGCUCAGGUGAAAAUUGGGGAUGGCAGUGUCCAGACUCUGUGUGUCCGAGCAUCCGACCGGUGCAAAGAUGCAGCCGAGCGCUUCAUUAGUGAGAACUCCCUGAAGGCAAGCUUUACGAAGCCGCUGACUGAUUUCUUGAAGAAAGUUGAGAAAGAUGCUGAGACCUUCCCUGUCCACACUGAAAUCGACCUCUCUGAUUUGGGCCCGCCCGGGCGCUAG